AUGCCGACUGCUCGUCGCACUUUGGGGGCACUGGCGGCUGUCACGGCGCCCUUCGCGUGGACCGCCCUGGCGCCUUUCGGCGCGAGCUCGGCACGACGAGUUCGGUGCCGCGAGGCCAGGGCAAGAGGUGCACGUCGGGCGCUGCCGGAGGACCUGGCCGCGCUGUUCCGAAGCCGCGCCGCGGCCGUCGAGGCAUUGGAGGCGGCCGAGUGGCGGGAGGCGAGCGGCGUUCGGAAGCCCUCGGCGCGGCUUUGGCCCAGCGUGACUCCAGUUGGGGGCUCAAAGCUUGCGGUCUUCGGUGGUCUGAACGCCACCAACCGUCGCAUGCUUGACGAGCUUUGGCUGCUGGAGGAGAAGCGCGACGGCUGGGCCUGGACCCCAGUGCAGCCUGUGGGCCGGGUGCCGCCAGGGCGCGCGCACCACGACGCGGCCCAGGUGGGCCGAUGGUUGGUGAUCCACGGCGGUUUGCUAGAAAACGGCUGCCGCAGUGACGACACCUGGCGCGUGGACUUGGCGGCGGAGCCGCCGCAGUGGCAGGCUUUGGGGACGUCGGCCCUGACGCCGGAUCGGCCCAUCCCCAGGUACCACCACUCCUUCCUCAGCGGAUCCGCGGGUGUCGUGGCGCUCUUCGGGGGCCACGACUUUGCGCGGCGGGCGCUGGAUGAUUUGUGGCUGCUGGAGGCGGGCGCGGAGGCCAAUCCUGACCUGAUUGGCUGGCAAGAGGUGGAGGUCUACCCCAGGCCUGCCCCGCGGGCGUACCAUGCGGCGGCCUGGGUAGAUGAGGGGAUGUUUCUUUGUGGGGGCGAGCUUCAGGAUGGCAGCUGCUGCUGCGAGAUGUGGCUCUUCGACCUGGAGCGCCUUGGCUGGCGCCGCAGCACCCGAGACCUCGCGGAGGGCCGCCAGCGUCACGCUCUGUGCGCCGCGGGCGGCGGGGUGGUGGCGCUUGCCGGGGGCCGUGGGAACAAGGCGGGGGAUGCGCGACCCGUGGACGUCGCGCUCCUGCAGCUGAAAGUGGAGGAAGGAAAAGUCAGCUGCGUGGAACUCCAGGCGCCGGACGCCUCAACAGAGGUCCGACAGGAGGCAGAGCUGCUAAGGCUGGACUCUGGGCAUGUGGUGCUCUUUGGGGGCAACGAGGGUCAGCUCGUGGACCAGUUUGGCGACGGGUACCACCAGCUGGGCCUCGGCGGCACGCUGCUCGCGGAGCUGCCGCCGGGGGGCGCCAGCUGCGCGUGGCGGCGCCCGGGGGGGCCGCUGGGCCUGGCGCUGGGCGCGGCGGUGGCGCGCCUCAGCUGCGGGGUGCUUCCGGGUGCUUCGGGGUGGCUGUGGUGGCGGUGGUAG